CCACCGCUACCAUACACGACAUGCGCGACGUCGAAGGCGAGGUUGUUCCAACACGCGAAGCCGCAACGCGCUUUGCGAUCUUCCUCCUCGUUGUGGCCGCAGCGCUGUGCCCCAUCCACCUGUGCUCGAGCGCAGCGCGCACCGCGGCAGGCGUGACGCGGCUCGGGUUCCCAGACAAACGGACGUACGCUGCGUCCGUCGGCGCGGGCACGGCGCACACCUUUGCGCGCACACCGGACGGCGUGCUCGUCAGCUUCUUGCCGACGUGGUGCAUGGUCGAGGCGUGUGCUUGGGUCGUUGCGGGCCUCGCUGUGGGCGGGGCGCUCGGAGAGGAGGGCGCUGAUUAA